AUGUCCGUUGACUCCAAAAAAAUCAGAAAGGUUCCAAAGAUCGAUUUAUCCAACUUUGAUUCCCGCCGUGACGAAAUAAAGGAACAAUUAUGGAAUGCUGCUACAACCCAUGGAUUUUUCUGUCUUGUUAAUCAACAAUUCCCAUCCAAAUCUGAUAUCUUAGAAAUCUUCCAACUCAGUGAAUCUUUCUUUAAAUUAUCCCCUGAACAAAAGAACAAAACCCCACAUAUCAAAUUAAAGAACACCGGCUAUGAGUUUAAAGCCCAAAUACGUCCAAGCUCCACUACAAAGUUGCCGGAAAACAAAGAAUCUUUGCAAAUGCAAUUACAUCGGUAUGAUGAAAACUGGCCCAAUGAGGAGGCAUUGGGCUACGAAGAUUGGAAGAAAAAGGUUAGCUCAUUCAUUUUGAAAGUUCAAGAAUUAAGUAUGAUGAUUCUUGAUAUAUUUUCUGAGAAAUUGGGGUUUGAAAAAGAGUUUCUCAGAAGAUGCCAUGAUAUUCACGCUGACACUGCUCAAUCCACCCUUAGAUUUUUACAUUAUUUUGAAAAAUCCCUUGAUGUCGAAGGUGAAACUGCCAUAAAUUCUAUCAUCUCUGAUGACGAGUCUAAAACCACUAACUGGAGAUGUGCUCCUCACACUGACUUUGAUGUCAUGACACUUUUGUUUUGCAAAGAAGGCGAUAAAGGUUUUGAGUAUUGCCCAGGUCGGGAGUCCUUCAAUGACUUUGGGUAUGGUGAUGAAUGGUCUUCUAUUUCUCCACAAACUGGGGAGAUCGUGAUCAACAUUGGUGAUAUGUUGAUGUCAUGGAGUGACGACAAGUUGAAGUCCAACUUUCAUAGGGUGAGAUAUGUUGAUGAUUCCAUGGCUGAUAGGUUCAGCAUUGCAUGGUUCAACCAGGCUAAUACCGAUGUUCUGAUACAAGGCCCAGAUAAGAGAUAUGAACCUGUUACUGGCAAGGAAUUCAUUGAAAGAGCAAUGAAGAGAAAUUUUGACAGAUUGAAUGGGAUUGUUAACUGA